AUGACCUCUGGAGAAGUCGCAAAGAAACUACCAAAGGACUUCGUGUGGGGGUUCGCUACUGCGAGUUUCCAGAUCGAGGGAUCUACCAAUGUCGAUGGACGCGGAAAGUCUAUCUGGGACGACUUCUCGAAGCAGCCUGGGAAGACAAUGGACGGUCGAGACGGAGACGUGGCCACCGAUUCAUACAGACUCUGGAAGGAGGACAUCGCCCUGCUUUCCCAAUACGGUGUCAAGUCUUACCGUUUUUCUUUAUCCUGGUCUCGUAUAAUCCCUCUUGGUGGCCGCAACGACCCCGUGAACCCCAAGGGCAUAGCGUUUUACUCCCGUUUCAUUGACACGUUGCUGGAAAAUGGCAUCAUUCCAUUUGUUACCUUACACCACUGGGACCUUCCGCAGGCCCUGCAUGACAGAUACGGUGGGUGGUUGAACAAGGACGAGAUUGUUCAGGACUAUGUCCGCUAUGCUAGGAUCUGCUUCGAAGCGUUCGGAGACAGAGUCAAGUACUGGCUGACAGUGAACGAACCAUGGUGCAUCUCAAUUCUGGGAUAUGGAAGGGGCGUCUUCGCGCCAGGACGAUCAAGUGAUCGAGAGAGAUCACCUACAGGCGACUCCUCCACUGAACCGUGGGUGGUUGGCCACAGCGUUAUUUUAUCGCACGCAUACGCAGUUAGGCUCUAUCGUGAGGAGUUCAAGGCCGCUCAGGGCGGUCAGAUCGGAAUCACGCUCAAUGGUGACUGGGCCAUGCCAUAUGAUGACAGUCCACAGAAUGUGGAAGCGGCCCAGCACGCCCUUGACGUAGCUAUCGGAUGGUUCGCUGACCCAAUCUACCUCGGUUAUUACCCGGACUACAUGAAACAGAUUCUUGGAGAGCGUCUGCCGGGGUUUACACCAGAAGAAUUGGCGGUCGUCAAAGGAUCCUCUGAUUUCUAUGGCAUGAACACCUACACGACCAACUUGUGCAGAGCUGGUGGCGACGACGAAUUCAAAGGGUUCGUCGAGUACACUUUCGUCCGUCCCGACGGCACUCAGUUGGGUACCCAAGCGCACUGUUCAUGGUUGCAGGAUUAUCCCCAAGGUUUCCGCCAUUCAUUUCUACAAAGCAGUUUGCGAUGCGCUUACCUUAACUUCAGCGUCACUGAAAAUGGAUUCGCUGUCAAGGAUGAACAUUCGAAGCCGAUAGAGGAGGCGUUGCAGGAUAACGACCGUGUGAACUAUUUCAAGGGUAUCACCGCUGCUCUCAAGGCCGCUGUGCUGGAGGAUGGUGUCGACGUCAGAGCCUAUUUCCCGUGGAGCUUUGUGGAUAACUUCGAGUGGGCGGAUGGAUACAUCACUCGAUUUGGCGUAACAUAUGUCGAUUAUGAGACCCAACGGCGGUAUCCCAAAGAGUCUGCAAAAUUCCUCGUCAAGUGGUUUGGAGAGAACAUCGAGGCGGGUGACACGAAAUCGCAGCAAGAGAAGGCCCCCCAAAAUGGGCCCUCUGUUGUUCUCGAACGCCCGAGCAUCAUUCAAGGGGUGGAAGUUUAA